AAUGUGGGUGGCAUUAUGAACCAGCCACACCUUUUCAGACACGUGCCUUAUCAUGUUCUCUAACUUUUCUUCCUUCUCAAGUUAUCCACUGCACACUGAUGCUGGCAUCAUUCUCCAGCAAUGGGAGGCUACACUGAGGACUAGGCAACCACACAGCAGCAGAAAACCCAAACUGAAUGAGCUAAUGACUCUAAUGAAGUCAGCUGAAGAUCACGUGAGCAAAUUAGAGACCCUACACAAACAACUAAGUUCUUCUGAAUCAACUCCUACAGCUGCAAUACCACUUUGGAGUGAAGUAACCGAAAGACGUCAAUCACUGGAAACAACACUUGACCUAUUUACACCUCAAACACGCCGUUACAUGAAAAGAAGAUUAAACCGAUACAAAAGAAAGAAGCUAAAAAGAAAGAGAGAGGAGGAGGAGCGAGAGAGAGAAAACGACAUCAAAUCAAACAAAGUCCAAGAAUGGUUUGACAAGAAAUGUAAAGAAGAGCUGAGAGCUCGUCUGGAGAAAGCAGUAGAGGAAUCAGCAUCUGAUUCACUCACAGCUGUAAAGAGCAAAAAAGACGAUGUCACCUAUUACUAUAAUUUAUUGAGUUCUCUUAAAGAUCUAAGGGAACACCGAAGAUCAAAGAGAGACAAAGGUGACCUCCCUCCCGUGGAAGAAGACGAGGCAUUUACUGAGAACUGUGUCAAAUUAGAGAGUAUACUGAGCAAGUAUACUGAGAUAUACAAGAAGGAGGAGCAUGCCCUACGAGUGAUGAUGUCGGAAAGAGUAGACAGUGCCAUAACUGAUCAGUUUGGUAGAAAAACCGCUAGAGACAAAAUGAAAAUAAUGUCUACUGAUGAAUUUUACAAUACGAAAGACCCUGACAUAAUUGAAGAAAGGCGAUUGGAAUGGAACAAAUAUCUCUCAAUUAGAGGAACGCCCCUCCCACUUUUGCCCAUAGAAGCUCCGCCCCCUAGCAACGAAACAUGGAGUUACUAUCUCAAAGAGAAAUGAGGGCGUAUAAUUUAUAAUUUAAACUCUAAUAAUUUAAUUCUAUAUAAUUGUCAAUUAUAAUACA